AUGGAUAUCGACCAAGAUGCCAAUGAUGACAGCCCCGGAGACUUCCAAACCUGGAGCUCAACUUUGCUCGGCUACCUGAACCAAGUCGGAAGUACCAACAAGUUUGCCACGUCCGAGAAAUUCAAGGGUUUCGUCGAUCCUUGGCUCGAGCUCGGAGGCCAACGAGUCUCUCUUCCUCUUGGCCAAGAUGACGUCGAACUUAUCAGGCGUUUUUGCAGCCCAGCUCCCGUUGAAAGAGGGAACGAGGCACUCCACCGAAACGCACAGGAGCUAGACGAUUGGGAGGGCCUGAGGUGGAACACGGAGACUUGGAGGUCUGCAAAGGUGGGGCCUAUCGGUCACAAUUUGCAGAAGAAAAGUUGGGAGCUGGACCGUCGCCGUUUCGAAUUGGCGAACCCAGACUGGGAAGGAUUUCUGGGAAACACCAUUGUUCCCCGCAUCGCUCAGCAACUAGAUCUAUGGGACGUUAGAGCUGUGCUGCAAAAGCUUCUCCUCCACGGGGAGGGGUCUUUCUCCGAGAGUCAAAUAGAUUGGCCAAGCAGUCGUAUUCUAGGCACUCUGGCCGUCUGCUUUCCGUCUCAGCAUAGCGAUGGAGACUUUCAUCUGUCUUCUGGCGACCAGAAGGUUGUCCUUCGCACUACCUUGGGGUCCGAGUCCGACAUUACGGUGCUGGCCUGGCACGUCGACGCUACUCACGAAAUCAAACCUUUGACGCAGGGUUACCGCCUCAUCUUGGUCUAUGACCUUUUCCAAAUUGAGACCGCCGAACGCCAACGAAUGGCCGAUAUAGAACUUAUAACAGAGGAUGUGCAAAUAGUACGCCGCCAACUUUUGGCAUGGCCAACGGGCCCUACCAAGAUCGCCUAUCCACUAUCCCGCGUGCUCAAAGAUGACGGGUACCUAUCCUUUGAAGAUCUGACUGGCCGCAACCGCAAUGUUGCCGUAACCCUGCGCAGAGCUUGUGCCUUGGAUGGAUUUAUCAUGCUUCUUGCAAACAUGACGCGCACCAACAUGGACGUUGACGAGGGUCGGUUAGAAGAAACCAACACGGUUGCCAACGAGGUUUUGACCUGCUCCAGAGAUUUUGUCAUGAGCAGGCUUACACUCGACGAUUCUGAGAUUCUCGGGGUCGAUCGUUUCCUAGAGCAAGAGCUCGACAAUAUGGACGAAAGCGAAUCCACCGAGAACACGAGCAGGCCAGAUACCUUCCGUUACCGCGACCCAGCUAUCAUCAUUGUGCGCGUGGAGGGCCUCAGCUCUCUACUUGACUACCCGGACGCCGAUACCCGUAUUGACCGUCUCGUGUCGUUAGCCUGUGACAAGAUCAAUAGUCCCUCCUGCUCUCAGCGUACGACGUCCAUCAUCCUAGACUUUUUCCUGGAUGCUCUCGAUGCGAUUAGUACCGGUACGGCAUGGAACGCGGCCGGCGUAAUUGCAUACCAGGCUGUGGAACUCGGCAGACAUGACGUUUUCAUGGCAGCAGUUACCAAGGGCAUCACUAACUGGAGUACUCGGAAGCCACUACUAGAAAAACUCUGGAAUAUUGUGGAAAUACGUUACCAAUCGGACGAGGAGGAACACUUCGAUUGGGAAAAGUGGUUUGGUGGAGUUGUGUCGGCAUCGCUCUCGCCGAGGGAAGACCUCGAAUAUGUCUCAACACUCAUAGAAGACGGCUAUACUUGGGAGUCUUUCGAUAAUUUCACAACUUGGGCGUUAGACAAGGCUUUUCAAUACCGCCCCAAGCUCGGACUUCAGGAUCUCGACUUCGUCCUUGACAUGGUGCGUCAACGGUACGACGAAAGCGGCUGGAUCGAUGAUGUUCUUCUACCAACCCUUAAAUCACGAGCCUCGCGUGACCUGCUCUAUGUGUUUCUGGAAACGGUAGCUGAAGAACGAACGGAACCUGAGUUUGCCGGAGCCGUGACUAUGUUCCAAUACUUUCUCAAUCAGAGGAGCAAGAAGCUCAUGCUUCCAAGCUCGAUAUGUUUGGCCAACGAGACGAACGAAUCACCGGAGGAUGCACUCUACCUGGCGGAGACGUGUUGGGAUCAGUUCGCCCGCUUUGUCGAGAAGGGCCUCGAGCUCGGCCUCGUUGAGGAAUUUACCAAGCUUAUAGACGCCAGCUGCGAUCGUUUUCUCAAGGAGGAACCCAUCCCCUCGAAGGAGCACAGGAGCGACGACGGCCAGUGGGACACUUGGAGAAUCUACAAAGCCCUUCUCGUUUUCCUUCUUAAGCCCUUGAAGCUGUAUAAGAGGCCAACGACGCUAUCCCUGAGAAAGUUUGCUACGUCUAUGCUCUUGGACUACAUACUUCCCGAGCCACCAACCUACGCGGAGAAACCGGUCGGCUGGGCGCAUCGAUCCAUUCCUUGCCCCAACGGCGACUGCGAGGAUUGCGGCUCUCUCAACCAGUUCCUUGGGUCCGAGACCCAACAGGUUGGCCGCUUCCCCAUGGAGAAGAAUCGACGCGCUCACCUCCGGAAACAACUACCGCCCAAUCUGUUCAAGUGCAGCAUUGAGGUCCGCAGUUCGCCUCAUACGCUCGUCGUAACCAAGCUCGGCAAACAGCAUGAGGCCCUGAGACGUGAGGAGGACGAGAAGUUUGCCAAGUGGGAGGCCAGGGUGGAAAAUUUCAAGGGAGAACAGAUGCGGGAAAUUCUCGGUGACGAGGCGUACGGGAAAUACAUCCUCAUGAACGAGAUGCGCUGGCAGAGGGACCGAGUGAUGGGAACCGCGGGGAAUAAGCGGUCUAGAGACGAUGGUGAUGAUGGAGAUCUGGAGCGGCUUACCCAGAGACUCCGGCUAUGA